AUGGCUGCAACUCAUGGUACAGCAACUCACCUACCAGCAGGUUCGAUGGCUACUUCAGCGCUGUUGCCGGGAGAUGAGCUUCUAGAAUAUCAAAAAAUAUUGGCCAUCAAGGACCAAAUAUUCUCUGGGACUCAUCCCCGACUCAGUGUGCCUCAGCAUCUUGUACGGAAAUCGGGGUCCGGAAAUGGCAAGGAUGCUUCUGCACAGGCGCAGCAACCUCAGCCAACAAAUGCAAAGGCCAAGCCUGCUCUGGAACCCCCAUCCGUACCAGAUUCUGUCAAAAUCCCCCACCAAAGCUCGGAUAGUACCGUGAAUACGAACGCGCCCUCCGCACCAAAGUCUGAUCGCGUGGUUCCGAAGCCCACAUCAGAGAUUAAUCCGAUCUUCUUGACGAAGUCGGACGACUUGCUCAGGGCAGAGCAACAGCUACAAAGACAGAGAUUGGAGAGAGCGCUACGCGAUCAAGUGGAACUCCAGAAGAAGGAGUCCAGGCAGAGACCUGCAGUCCAGGACACAAAACCCGAGUUUGACGUUUCGGAGGUUUUCAAGCAAGCUCUAGAGGUGGUGAAGCCAGUCUCGCUGAGCGAUCCAUCUGAGUCCAGUGGCCCUGGUGAUGAUUCGUUUGACGACAAUUCAUUUUACUCCAGUAGAGCUCCUGAUUCGCCUCCUAUGCCGCAGCGAAAGCCGUCCCCUGUGGCCAUUGCAACGCCCACAAGCCCUGCUGUCCGUGCCCCAGUAGCUUACGGGGAUGAGUUGCAGCGCCUUGAAGCUCUUAACCCCGGAUCUGAUCUGGAAAUGCAAGAUGCUUACCUUGUUGCUGACCAGCGUCCCUCCUUUUCUCAGAAACAGGCUACUCGUCAAAAAGCAGAGUCUUCCGCUAGCCGAUUGCAUCAUUCACAACAGAUGGAUGUCGAAGAUGAACCUGAUUACUCUCCACCUGCUCCAGCGGCGCCACCCACUGAUCACCGCGAUUACCCCCAUGGGAUUGAAAGUGCUACGGAACGACAGCCCCGAGCGGAUACCAGAUAUGCCGACAAAACGCAAGCUUUCCGCGAACCCCCGUCGCCUGCGAAUGUCAGGGUAGUGCGGAAUCACAUCACGUCGCCGGCAGCACCCAGACCCUCUCGCGUCUCUCCGUUGGCUGUGGCCAAGGCUCCCUCCGUUCAGCAGACUCGAGCUGAGCGACCUGAGAAUUCCUCUAUCCAACUUUACUCAGAUCCAGACUCUGCUCGUGGCAGCCCCAAUGCCCCAGUUCCUAACUUGAUGUCCCGCAAAAGAAGACGGUUGCGAGAAGGUGACAGUGGAAUGCGACAACCAUCAAACAGAAGACAAAAUGUAGAGCCUACGGAGACAUUGAUCAAGGAAGAGCCCGUCUCGCCGCCACCAUUUGCCGAUGAUCCCUGCACGGCACGCAACAGACACCCUCAAGAGCGUCCUGUCUAUAUUGACAUAGCGUCUCCACAGUACGCUCCAAUGUACGAAAGUCGGGUGCCCCCAAUGCGAGAGGCAGUCUAUGAUGUUGACCCGUAUCAUGAAUAUGCACCUGAGGCAGGGCCCCAGCGCACGAUCUCUCGACUCAGUGUCAGGCGGCCUGAGGCAGCUGAUCUUCGCCGUGUUGCUAGUGUGCAAUAUGCCCGCCAACCAGACUAUUCUCGUGAGUACAUUGAGGCACCGCCACGCCCUAUGCGAGCUGCAUCGCACGUUGUGGAACGCCCGGUUCAGGAGCGUCUGAGGUACUAUGAAGAAGCACCGACUUACCCACAACCUCGUUAUGUCCCUGUGGACGACAUGCCACCCCCAGGCUACCGGGAAGCUUAUUACGAAGAAGCACCGCCCGUCCGAGUCAUGGCACCCCCUCAGCGUCGCAUUGUGGUCGAUGAGCACGGAAAUCAGUACUACGAACUGUUGCAGGCUCCGAGACUUCAGCCAAUGGCACCACCACCUCCACCUCGUCCAGUAUCGCAAAUGCCGAAAGAUGUCUAUGAUGAACGUCCAGCUCAACAUCACAACCCCACUGUUCGCGCACCUUCAGUCGUCCAAGAGCCGUACAGUGAGCGACGCUACGUGCAGGAAAUGCCCCCGCCUCAGCCAAUCUACCGCCGUGUCGCAUCAGACUAUGCUCGCCCUGCGCCAGCCCAUGAGCGACAGACCUAUGCCGCCCCCUAUGAAGGUUACGAGCCUUAUCCACGCAGCGGCAGCGUACAAGUAGCCGAGUAUCUUCCACCUCGUCACACAGUCUAUGUUGAUGAGCGUGGGGUGCCCCAAGAGAGAGUGGUUCGCACAGCGAGCGUUCAUCCCCAACAGCCUCGGUACGAAGAGCCACACGAUGUUGUUCAGCGAGUAGGAAGCGUUCGACCAAUCGCUCCUGGCCGUGAGCCGAGUGUCUUCAUGGAGGAAAGACCUUUGGGAGAAUACGUUGAGAGACCUUAUUACAUCAGAGAGAGACGCUACUAUGACAGUGAGGUGGAAGGAGGCGAGCACGUUGCCUAUGAUGGCGCGAACGAUUCGGCCCAACGAGCCCCCCAGCGUUAUCAGUAG